AUGGUCGGAGGCUUGCCAGAGGGUUUGGUCAGCAAUAAGAAGGGCGUUACAGUGGGGUUAGACGAGGCUGUUACCUUCGAAGCUGAGGAUACUCUGAAAUUAUGGCGAAUCUACUCGUCAGGGAAUGCAGCCAUUGCAGAGAAUGUGGGCCAAAGACUCGAGAACUUCUUUUGGAGGAUUGCGAUGAGUGAUCGUGUACGAGAGCGUCUAAGUGGUGCGCUGAUCGGUAGGCAAUUUAAUAGCAUAAGCCAGGGUGGUUACAUCAGAACCACACCAACGCCAUCGCCGCGAUCCUCAAGAAGUCUAGGUAGCUAUGACAGAGGAGCUCGCUCGAUCACCUCUACCAAAAGUGCAGUGUCAAGCUCGCCAGCCUCGCCCAAGGCUGAACCUGUUCCGCCUGAUGAGAAAUUGGAGGGUCCCUCAGUCACGCCAUCGCUUCAAAGUUCUUUACAAAUGUCUUCAGAAGCCACUACCAAGGCAAAGGAGAACAGGCAAACAACAACCACUCGGCCGCCGCCAAUACUGAAGAAGUUAAGCUCGGGCUCUAAUCGAUCAUCAAAGAGCUCCUCUGUUUUGUCUCCAGCUUCCCGAGAAGUAUGGUCUACUGCAGGUGCUGGCAAUGAGGAGGCUGUCAGCCUCGACGAUGAUGCCAUACCUACAGAAUCACUUGUUCCCAUCGCCGGAAAAUCUGCCCGUAAAUCGACUACGACACGCUUCAAUGAGGAGGUCGCGGUAUCGAUUCCCAAAGUUUCUACUGUCUCACGAUUAUCCGGUGGUCGUCUGUCUGGCGAAAGCAGUCAGCGAUCCGGAAGGAGGAAUCCUAUAGUAGUGGCCACUGCCGGUGCGAGUAAGAGAAGACCCCCUGUCAUGCGGCAAAGGUCAUCGCAAGCUUCCUCCUUUGGCGUCUCGAAAGACGCACCUUUGAGAAGUUCAUCUUCACCAAAUUUGGCUCGGAGUAUGAAGCCUACUUUUACGAUCACCGCUAAGAGUCCCAGCCAAGAAGCAGAAACGGAAGCAUCAUCGCUAAGACGAUUACGAGCGGCAAGUCCGCAUCCUUCGAAGCAUCGCAGGGGUCGCCCCCAAGUCCACCAUCCGGCGAGGAACCGGCGGUUGACUUUGGCGGUGAGGAUGCGGGGGCACGAGAGCCUUCUACGAACCCAAUCUCAGGACCUACGCUUGGUGAAGAGAUAG